UAUUUGUUAAGCCAUUUGGCUAGCAUAUCAAUAAGGCUCCGAUAACGAUAACGAUAAACAAACCAAUACAUAGCACGCAUCACUAAACGAAACCAAUUCGGCGACAAUUUUUUUUUUGUUGAAAGGAAUUACCAUAAAAAUCAAAUCAGUGCAGUGCUCCCGCAUAGCCAGCGUGAAACGGGACGCCAAACAGAUUGAAAACAAACAGUUCAAGGUGGAAUAAACAAAGUCGCGUGGGGCACAAUGAGUGUGUUGGCAUAUCCACGUAAAAACGAUGAGGAAAUUUUUCGUCAAUGCACAAAGGAUUGUGGCGUUGUGACGGCCACCGAGGACUUUCAGUAUUUCGCAUUAUGCUGCAUUUUUUGCAGCGAGAAGUUUCUCUACUUCGAUGCGUUCAUUGGCCACAUGCAAACUGUGCACAUGGAGGAUGCACAGCGCAGCAUUGAGGGUCCCAGCUCUGGCAAUAGCUUGCCUUUCACCAUGGGCCAGCCCAUGUCGCUGGGCAUAGCCGAUGGCGAUGACGAGGAGGAGGCCCGUCACGGCUAUGGCAACGGUGGCAUGCACCAGUUUGAUGAGAUCGAAGACUUGACCGAUGCAGACACUGCCCUGCUGGAGCCCCAAAUGGUUAUCAAACAGGAGCUGCAAGAGCUCGAAAGCAGCGACAAUGAGGACGAGGACGAUAAUCUGGCGGUGCCCGAUGACAAUGACAACGAUGAUGUCGACGACGAAACCGAAGCUAUACUGCCCGAAAGCGACAUACCCACAGCCAGCGCCAGGCCACGCAUGAAACUGACGCAGCCACCGCCGCCAUAUGCAGCCAGUCGUAGUGUCCACAGAUUGGCUGUUAAAAACGAGCCGCUGGCUGCCGAGGCCGAUGACUCCAUGGAUGAAUAUGCCGAUGGCGAGCAAAGCUAUAUGGACGACAACUCUGGCGAGUAUCCAGACUACAGCAGCAGCAGCUACAAUGCACAGAGCAGCAAUCCGCUCGGCGGUGAAUCCGAUUUCCUGAGCUAUGAUGAAAUGGUCGAAGAAUCGCUGAUUGGCCGCGAUCGGGAGCUAACCAUGCACAUCAAGGAUCGCAAGAUGAUCCAAUUCCUGAUACACUCGUACAAGCGCAAUCCAUUCCUCUGGGAUCACAGUCACGCCCAGUUCCGGGAUCGCAUUAAGCGUGCACGCUUCCUUGACUGGAUUGUGCUCGAGUUCAAAAACCGUUUCAAUAUCUCUUUGGCCAAGGAUGCCAUCACACGCAAAUGGGAUAAUCUGCGCACCGUCUACAAACGCGAGUGCAAUCGCAUGGCCCUCGAAAAGACAAACAUCAGCACGCUGUGGUACUUCAAGGAGCUGCACUUUCUCAACGAGGUCUAUAGCUACAAUUCAAAGAUGUCCGAUGCCGUUGUCAAGGAAACAUCUUAUAGACGUCGCUUUUCGGCCAUUUGGAAUGACACGUCCACCGCCAAGCUGUUGGUCAUGGUGAAGCGGUAUCAGUGCUUUUACAAUCGUUUCGAUCCCGACUAUCGCAGCAAGGAGCGUCGCGGCGAGGGCCUGCAACAGAUGGCGAUGGAGCUGCAGCAGUUAAUUGAUGUGACCACCAUACAGAUAUCGAAGCGAAUCUCGCAGUUGCGUUUCGAUUAUUCGAAACAGAAGAUGGAGCGCCUGAAUGCGGAGCGCCUGGGUCGCAAAUUUAUACCCAACUACAUAUACUACGAUCAGAUGAGCUUCAUGGACGAUGAUAUACCGCCAUUCAAAUGCCAGCAUUGCGGCGAGAUUGUGCAAACGCUGCGCGAACUGGACCUGCACAUGCUCAGCCAUCAGCCGAGCCUGGGCGGCGGCUACUAUUGCAACGUGUGCAACAUACAGUUCAAUAAUGCGGACGAGUUUGAGAAUCACAAACAAUUGCAUUUGGGCGCCGGCAAUGAGGUCAAAUACAAUUGUGAACUGUGCACCGCUAGCUUUCGUGAAAAGUCCAACUAUGAUGAGCAUUUGCGUCGCCACAACGAUGAGCUCUUCCUGCCGACACUGGCCCUGAAUCACAGCAUACUCGACAGCGCCAGCGGCGAUGCUGACGUUGCUGCUGGCGUUGACACAUCAGCUGCUGCUGGCUCUGGCGCCGGCGAUGAGGAGGAUAUGUUUCCACCAGACGGGCCCAAGCCUUUCGGCUGUGAGGUAUGCCAUCGGACAUUCGCGACGCCGGGCCAUCUGAAUGCGCAUCGGAUUGUGCAUCAGGAUGAGCGGGAGCGCUGCUACAAGUGCGACUAUCCGCAGUGCAGCAAAUCGUUUGUGUCGCGACACAGCCUAUUCGAUCAUCUGAAGCAACAUUAUAGCAACGAGGAGUUCAAGUGCGAUAUCUGUGGCAAGAUCUUCAAGUCCACCAAGAAUCUGCAGAACCACAAGCAAAUCCACGAUAAAGUCAAGCGCUACGUCUGCCAGAUAUGCGGCUCGGCAUUCGCCCAGGCUGCUGGCCUCUACCUGCACAAGCGUCGUCACAAUCGUCCCAAUGGCACCACCGGCGCCGUUGGGGGACGCUCCAGCCGCACCACGCUGUGAGCGGUCCGUACGCUAUCCCUGACUCUAUCAUUUGCCUGAAUACACACACACACACACACACACACGCACACGCACACAAUCACAAACACAGAGAUACGCGAACAGUUCUAAAUUAUUGCAAUGUCCUCCAAUGCCAAUGUGCGGCAGCUAUUUUAAAAGCCUUUUAAUGUAU